AGCUAUUUUUCAUCUAUUUUGUCUUUUUGUUAUUAUUAUUCAGGUUUACUCCCUCCAGAAUAUACUGCUGUAACUGCUAGUACAGGUUCCGCUGCUAAUCUUAUCGUGGAUUGACAGUACAUGCAUUUUCUGGACUAGGACCUUUACUUGAAUCUGAUUUAAAAAUGGAUAAUAAUAAUGAUAUAUCCGCUUGGAUGACAAAUCUACGUGCACGUUUAAAAUAUCGUACAGAUAUGAUAGCUCGUUGGCAAAAACUACGUUAUCUUGUUAUUGAUGAGAUAAGCAUGUUAAGCAGUAGACUAUUUACACGUUUAGAUCUUGUAGCUACUGAAUGUCGUCGGUCAAUGGGUAAAAAUGCUGAAAAAUUAGCCUUUGGUGGGAUUCAAUUAAUUGUGUUUGGUGAUUUUUUUCAAUUACCACCUGUUGUUCCUGCAUCUCGGACACAAUCUGAAAGUAAAUUCGCUUUUCAAUCACCUUCUUGGGAUAAAUGUCAUUUUAAAGUUGUUGAGCUGACGCAUUCAUGGCGGCAGUCUGAUGAUCCUAAAUUAGCACAUUUACUUUCUGUUAUACGUGAAGGUCAAUGUCCGAAAUGGGCGAUUAAAAUACUACGAUCACGUGUAAUAUCUGAAUUAGGCAAUUACAAAAGUGAUGAUAAUAAUAAUGGUAGUAAAUGCAUUGCAACACGUUUAUAUACUCAUCGUGCAGAUGCUGAAGCUUGGAAUAAGCGUAUGUUAGAUGAAUUACCAGGUGUAUGCAAAAUUUAUCGAUCUCAAGAUACUUUUGUCGGUAAAACAAAUUCCAGUUACAUAGAUUCCAUUUGUCCAGCUCCUUCUGUAUUAAAUUUGAAAGUUGGUGCACAAGUUAUGCUGCUACGGAACUUAGAUACUGGUCGUGGUCUUGUCAAUGGAGCUCGGGGUGUAGUAGAGAAGAUAAACAAUGAUAAUGGUUUACCAGAAGUUCGAUUUUUCUCUUCCAAGUCAAACAGUGGAGGAUCUAAUAGCUUUCUACAUACUGUACAAAUUGAAAAAUUCACUAUUCGUGGUGUUGGUACAGAAGAAGUUGGCAGUCGACGUCAACUGCCAUUAUCUUUAGCUUGGGCAAUAUCUAUACAUAAAAGUCAAGGCAUUACAUUAGAAAAUGCUGAGCUUGCAUUGUCUAAAGUUUUUGAAUGUGGUCAAGCCUAUGUGGCACUGAGUCGUUGUCGUAAUUUAGAUGGUUUACGCCUACUCGAUUGGCGUCCAGAAGUAAUACGUGCUGAUCCAGCUGUGAUUAAAUAUUAUGAAGAAAUUAGAAAACCUAAAGAUAAUAAUAAAUUUGAUGAUGAUAAUGAAUACCUAAUGACCAAAAAGAUUCGUUAACUCUUUUUGUAAUUUAUUCUACAACCAAUCCAUCCAACCCCCAAAAUGUAACUUGACACAUUUUGGUAUUUGUACAUACUACUUAAUUGUGCAUAUUGAUCACACUUGAUCUUUUUUUGAUCUUAUUUGUAAAGAUGAUCAUGAACUAUGAAUAUAUGUUUAUUAUGAUUAA